CAGGGGGCGUAUGGGGAUAUAUCGAGUUUUCGUUUCUAUUUACUUUUCCCACUCAUCUUCUAACCCUAAAGCUCGGCGGCAAAUAUUUUCCUACCGCACAGAGAGUUGCAGAAACAGGGAGAGGAGACGAAAAUGUCUGGAAUUGGACCCAUUUCACAGGAUUGGGAACCUGUUGUCAUCAGGAAGAAGGCUCCCAACGCCGCCGCCAAGAAGGACGAGAAAGCUGUAAACGCCGCCCGCCGCGCCGGUGCCGAGAUCGAAACCUUAAAGAAAUCUAAUGCUGGAACAAAUAAAGCUGCCUCUAGCGGUACCAGUUUGAAUACCAGGAAGUUGGAUGAUGAGACAGAAAAUCUCUCUCAUGAAAAGGUACCAACUGAGCUGAAGAAGGCCAUUAUGCAGGCUCGAACAGAUAAGAAGCUCACUCAGUCUCAGCUUGCUCAAUUGAUCAAUGAGAAGCCACAAAUCAUUCAGGAGUACGAAUCUGGCAAAGCCAUUCCAAAUCAACAAAUAAUCACCAAGCUUGAGAGAGCUCUUGGAACUAAGCUUCGUGGAAAAAAGUAGGAGGGCUUAUUAGGCCCUUUGGUUAUUAUGUAAGUGGUGAAUUUGGCUAUAACAAGAGCUUUUGGCUUCAGAUAUUGUGUAGUGUGAAUUGGCUUUACUUUGAUUUCUCAUGAACACACUUACAUUUUCAAGUCGUUUUUUGGGAUUA